GGCAUAAUGUUAAAGAAUGUAUUUUUCGGAAAGACCCUGAAGCGAUGACUCUGUAUUUAGUAGAAACAAAAGAAGUAAAAGAUUUAAAUUUGGAUCCAUUAGAGGAUAAACAAGUGAAACGGAUACGGUCAUUAUUAAUGGAAUAUAAAGAUACCUUUAUAGAUGAAUUGGAUAGUUACCCACUUCCUAGGAUUAAUGAAUUACUAGGAGCUCUAAAACAAUCAGCAUGGUAUACAACCCUUGAUCUGGCAA